GUGACUGCGACCGUCGUCGUCGCCAUUUUGCGACGAAGCAGGACGUUUCAUUCGGUGCCUAGCUCAAAUUUCGUCCGAAUUGGACGAUUGGGGGAUUACGACGUCCCCCACCUCCUGGUCAUCUUGAUUUAGCCUAGCCGUCCGGCCCCCCAUCCUAAUUAUCAUUGGUCUCUUUUAUAGAGUACAGUUUUAUUUGCCGGUGUUUCAAUAUGCAGCUCUUCUGAAUUGUUUCGGCCAUGAAGACCCAGGUAGCUAUUGCAACUCCUUUCGGAGUCGCCACCGCUUGUACCAGCGCGUCUGCCUUCGCCGACGACGGUGUCUGUGUCGUCGCCGUCCAUGCUAGAGUCUCCAGCGAUGGACAAGAAAAAUUCUGCCCGCUCUUCGUCAUCGGCACCCAAGGGCAAUGCCAACAGUGACGCCAAGAGUAAGCAAGAUGGUUCGGGUAACAAGCAGCAGCAGCAGCAGCAGUGGCCCGGCGGGGGUGGUGGUCCAUCAGGAGGAGGAGGCCGCCGCGGAAAGUGGGGUGGCCAGCAGGGGGAGGGUCGUCGACCUGCCCCACAGCGCAACCGCUCGACACCAGACAAGAGGCCUCAGCCCAAGGGACAGCCCCAAUGUGCUGCGCAGUCAUCUCAUCAGAACUCACAGGGACAGCGCAGUCAGGUAGCACGCAGCAUUCAGGAUGACUGCGUGGAAGAAGCGCUCCGCAAGGGCAACCGAAAGGUGAACCUGAAUCACCUGCUGAAGUUCACUCUGACUCCCCGAGAGAGUGACCACCACCACCACUACUGGUCUGGCCAUCACCGCUCCAGCAGGCCACCUCCUGCCAAGCACUCCAAGGAGCAGUUCUUGCAGGCCAACUGCCAGUUUGUGGUGCGCGAGGGCACCAUGUGUCGCUGGAAUCCGGACGUGCCCAUCGCCUGGGAGCUGGUGCACGAGGUGCGAGUGCUGCAGCAGCAGAGCACGACCGGCCAGGAGGAGGAGCGCUGUCCAGUGUGCCUGGGAACUCCGCGUGCGGCCCAGAUGCCCCCGUGCGGACACGUGUACUGCUGGUCGUGCCUGCUCCACUACCUGGCCCUGUCUGACCGACCGUACCGGCCGUGCCCCAUCUGCGACCGGGCGUUUUCUGCCCAGCAGCUCCGCAGGGUGGUCCCCCAGCCACGAAGGGGCUACCAGCCUGGUGAUGAGAUCACCAUGUGCCUGAUGCGUCGCCAGAAGAACCAGCCCGGUGCCCAGCCCAUGCCAGCUGACCUUUGGAGGGUGGACGACCUAGAGCCCUUCAAUAUUAGCCGCGAAGAGCGACUGACGUGCCACCAGAGGGUGCUUGUGGCGUGCCCUAAGCAGCUGGGUGCCAUGUUGGACCGGGAGGAGUCCGAACUGCGGUCCCAGCUGCUCGAGGAAGGAGACGCCCCCGAGGCCUGCUUUGUGCAGGCCGCCCUGCAGGCAUUGCAGCGACGAAGGGAGGACCUCGAGAAAGAGGUGGGCUCACUGGAUGUCAACGCCAACAGCCAAGGCGAUCAGCUUCCCACCGUGGACGCAGAGGGCAACGUCGAG